AUGCAUACCCCGGAAACUUGGAGAAAAUGUCAUCCGCAAAGACCAUCAACCCCAUCAAUUUGCGAUCCACAGACUUUUUCCGAAAAUUGUAUGGUGUUAUUUUUCAUGAAUGAUGUAUCUGUAAAUGACGCUAUCAAGAUAUUUGAAUCGCUUAAAAAUACCAGUGUGAAAAUUUCUUUUUCUGUUAGCGCUUCCACUCCCACGCGGCAUGCUCAAACUCAUCAUAUGGGUAACACAGUUUCUGAACUCAAUUGCGUGCCACAAGUCGAUUACGUGCCAGAUAAUUCUAUGAGCAACGCGGGUAGUGUCGUGCCUGAAAUUGAUUUGAACGAACCAAUCGAAUAUACAUCACAAAACCAAACAAAUUAUAUUAAUUAUUACUCAGGAUGUGACAAUGAUGAUAUUGACGAUAUUGACGAUAUUACUCCCAACUAG